AUGGGCGUCCUCACUGCUACACCGGCUCAAAGCCUCCGAGGCGACUGCAAGCGCACGGCCAAGGCGGCAGCGCGAUGUCUGAAUCCACAGCGGAUCCAAAGCACUCCGCGUUUUGCUGCCAGCCUGAAGUUUGAGCACAGGAGCCCACCAGAAGCGGUGAACGAGCGGCCCGGCCGCCGCGUGUGCGCUCCCGGCCCCCUGGUGUCCGCUCCGGGAGCCGGGAACCGGGCGGGGGCUGUGGGAAAUCCAGGCAGAGGGAACGGGCUGCGGCACCCACCGAGCCGACACGGACAGGAGCCGGGAGGAGUGGGGGCAGGCGGAGGAGAGAGCGAGGGGUCAGCCCGAGGCUCGGCAAGGCACCGCGGGCACGGCCCGGCUGGGGCACCGUGCCGCGGGGAGGGAGCGCUGGGGCACAGGCCGCAGCAGGGAGGGCAGCGGACCUGCUCCUCAAGCCCAAGUCUGGCAGAGAACAUCACCAUCAGAGGCCAGUCCUGCAGCCCCGAG